AAGCAUCCAAAGAGCCGCAACAGUGAAGCAUGGAGAGACAGAAAGAGAGAGAAGGAGUUGGAGAUGCUCGACCAUAACAACCGCCACUGUCCCGUUCUUAGGUAGUCUACAAGCGGUCAUCAUCCGGUAUCAGGUUACCAUUGGAAAAAAGGGCAAAAAGGAAAAGCAAAAAAGCAAAGCUCUAAGAACAACAGUUCCACUCGAAUAAACACUCACUGGUCACUCCUCAUUAUUAUAGCCUAUUAGCAACCAAAAAGGAGAAAAAGGAGAAGGUGAACACGAAAAGCCGUUUUUGUUACUCUCUUUCUCAUUUUCUGCACAGCAAAUGCAAUCCUUAGUUCUCCGCCAUUGAUUCCGAUGAGAGAAUCUGUGAUCGUGGUGGUUAUUUAAACGCUUCUGCAUGGACACGAGGCGUUAAGAGAUCUCGAUUUUCGCGCUGACUCACUGACACUGAAGAAUCUAAAACUCGAUUUCUGCACUUUCUUCACUCUUUUGUAAUUUUUUUCUCCAAGUAUUGGAAAUUCGAGUCAUUGAGUCCAGAACGAACAAACGAAGGUGUGAUUAUUAUCUCGAAGUUAACAAAUGCUGACGUGUAUAGCUCGAUCGAAACAACCCGGUGAUGACUCACUGAGUCAACCCGAUAACUCCGCUGCCACCACUACCACUACCGCUAAUAACGCUAAACAGCACCAAGCGAUCAAAUCUCUCACUUCUCAGCUCAGAGACAUGGCAUUGAAAGCCUCAGGAGCAUACCGUCACUGCAAUCCAUGUACAGCACCAACGAGUCAGAACCGAUUUCGGAACAGCUCGAACGAGUCAGACGCCGAGUCAGAGCGAUUCCGGUGGUCGCUACGGCGGACGGGAAGCUCCAGCUCUACAACGCCGAGAACGUGGGGAAAAGAGAUGGAAGCGAGACUGAAAGGAAUAUCGAGCUCUAGCGGCGAGGGAACGCCGAAUUCGGUUAACGGUAGCGGGCGUAGGGUCGACCCUCCGAUUGUGUUCGUUGAAGAAAACGAACCUAAAGAAUGGGUGGCCCAGGUGGAGCCCGGUGUUUUGAUCACUUUUGUUUCGCUUCCAGGCGGAGGGAAUGAUCUUAAGCGGAUACGCUUCAGUCGAGACAUGUUUAACAAGUGGCAAGCUCAAAGAUGGUGGGCAGAGAAUUAUGACAGGGUGAUGGAACUUUACAAUGUCCAGAGGUUUAAUCGCCAGGCUUUUCCACUUCCAACACCCCCAAGAUCUGAAGAUGAGAGCUCAAAGAUGGAGUCUAUUGAAGACAGCCCUGUAACACCACCACUGACCAAAGAACGGUUACCUCGCAAUUUGUAUAGACCAGCAGGGAUGGGGAUGGGUUACUCAUCAUCAGAUUCACUCGAUCAUCAUCCAAUGCAAGCCCGCCAUUACUGCGAUUCAGGUGGUCUCACCUCUACCCCAAAACUCUCCAGCAUUAGUGGGGCCAAGACAGAAACAUCAUCAAUGGAUGCUUCAAUAAGAAGUAGCUCAUCAAGGGAGGCGGAUCGCUCAGGAGAGCUUUCAAUCAGUAAUGCUAGCGAUAUGGAAACUGAAUGGGUUGAACAGGAUGAACCAGGAGUAUAUAUCACUAUCAGAGCUUUGCCAGGUGGCAAAAGGGAGCUCCGAAGAGUUAGAUUCAGCCGAGAGAAAUUUGGGGAGAUGCAUGCCAGACUCUGGUGGGAAGAGAACCGAGCCAGGAUAAAUGAACAAUACUUGUAAUUGAGCUAAAACAAUGGCACUGCUGGUGCUAUCUACAUUGUGGGGGUGUGUUUUUCUCUCCUCUCUCUCAUUUUUUUUUGUUCCCUUCACGGCCACACUAGUAGAAUCCCUUCUAUAUAGAAUCUAAAUAGGUGCUGCUGGCACCUCUUGAUUUUUGGGGACUCCUUGCACGAUUCUUGAAAAUUUAUGAAGUUCCUUAACUUCAUGAAUGCAUGGUAGGAAGCCUACCAUUAUGGGGUUAGGAUCGUGUAUUUAAUUAAUUUUUAUUUUAACAGUUUCAUUUUAUUUUAUUUUUCUUUUUUUGGUGGAUAAAGAGCAAAGUUUGUGCAAUUUGCAGUUUAUAUGGGUGGUCAACACAUGAGUAUCAAUGAAAGAAUGUGUUUUCUUUUCU